UCCUCCUGUCUUGUUUGUAGCAAACAUUUAACUAGCUAAGGUUUGUCACAAUGCUGGUGAGCUCAGAAUACCCAACUGCCACGAGGAGAUAGGGUAUUUUAUGCCAUAUUCUGCUCUACGACACGCGGUUAAAUACAGUAUUAGAUAGUGAACUCAUUACGUAUUAGAUAGAGGUAAACAAAACACUUCGUCGUCGUCCAACGUCAUCGAGCUGGUAAACAGCACCUAGCGUCACCUCACCCGAACCGUCACUUGGAAAUAACUACGAAUCCGCAAUGAACUGUCGAUCGGAGGUUCUGGAGGUAACAGUGGAGGCGAGGCAGGUGGAGGAAUCUAUGCUGGCGUUACUUCACACAAUCUUACUGCACCGCAGCACUGGGAAAUUUCACUACAAAAAGGAGGGCACAUACUCCAUUGGCACCGUGGGCACACUAGACUUUGACUGCGACUUCAUCGACUUCACUUUCGUCAGGGUAUCCUCAGAAGAGCUGGACAGGGUGAUCAGGAAAGCCGUGUCUGAGUUCAAGGAUGCUUUGAGCAACUCUGGCAGUGAUGGCAUGGGACAGAUCUCCCUGGAGUUCUACCAGAAGAAGAAGUCUCGUUGGCCCUUUUCCGACGAGUGCAUUCCCUGGGAGGUGUGGAGUAUUAAGGUCAACGUUGUCAACCUGGCCAAUGAGCAGGAGAGACAGAUCUGCAGGGAGAAAGUGGGUGAGAAACUGGGUGAGAAGGUGAUCAAUGUCGUUGAGGUCAUCAACCGCCACGAGUACCUGCCAAAGAUGCCCACCCAGUCUGAAGUGGACAAUGUUUUUGACACCAGUCUCAAAGAUGUCCAGCCAUACCUGUACAAGAUCACAUACCAGAUCACUGACUCGCUGGGCACCUCUGUAAGCACCACCAUGAGAAGGCUGAUUAAGGACACGCUCGCACUGUGAGGAUGCUCCGAGACCGAAAACAUGGAUCAUCCAUAUCCAUCUAUAGUCAUGUUUCACAGCUUUUAAUAUCCCAAAACAUUGUUUGUCAACUCCUACGAGUAUCAGUGUAACCAUUCUGAGAUUCUCUAUUGUGUUUCCUGUAUUGCUAGUAUCUCAAUUAUGUAAUCUUAAUUUCAAAGAUGCUUUUGCAAGCUUUCCAAGCGAUUUUCAUCAACCUCCAUCUAAAAAUACAACUGAACAGAAAGAAAUGACACAGUAUAUCAGUUAAAUUCGAAGAAUGAUUGUGUUGCCAAUAAUGUAACCCGUGAACCUUUGUAAAUACUGACAAUAAACAUUGUUCGGUGUAGAGACAGGACCACAGAAUAAACGGGCAAUUCUUUUGUUUGUGCCUGA